AUGAUGUUUUUCCAGAAAAUCCUUGCACUUGGUCUAGGUGUCGUUCUUGCUCCCGAACUCGUUGAGGGCAUGUCCAACCUCGACGAAUUCAGCCUGGGCGAUCCUUUGUACGUGUGUCUUCGAGAUGACGGUGUCAUCGCAUCUGGUGCACAAGGAACAUGCAACCAAGGAAGCUUCGCGGCCAAGUUGUAUGGCGCCUCGGAGGGAUCCAACGGGCGCCAGGACUUACACUUCGCCGAUUCCCAGGACCACGAGUACACUCUCCACAUCAACUGUCCACAGCCAGAUCCAACCACUACGAUAAAGACAGUGACUCUGCCCAUUACCACUGAUACCGUUACUAUCACGCCUCCCCCCGUCACCGAAACCGAAAUCUCCACACAGGCGUACAGCUCCGGCUCUGACCAGGGUAACGGCCUAUGCACCACCGGAAGGGGCUUCUGUGUUGAUGAGCAACAUGAUUUCACCGUCGCAGCCGAUUGCCCUCAUCACGCAGGCUGGGAAUCCAAGGGCUGCCAAUGCCUGAAUGCAUAUUCGUACGCGACCCGAACUCCUGAUUGCAAUGCUGGGUACACGUACAAAUGCAAUGGCUGUUAG